AUGGGAGCACCCCAAGUCGACGAACCCGAGCUGUCUCUGGACGACGUGUUCAACGUCAACAAAGAUGCCGACAAUGCCACCAGCACUGGCGGUAGUAGUACCAAUAAUAAUGGAUCGUCCAAUCGGAGCUGGGGCUUUGCGUCGGUCGAGAGACGAUUGGAUCUCAACCUGAGUCUCAACUUGGAACGACAAGAAGCCAAGAUGAAUGCCUUGAUGCUGAAAGGUGACACGACAUUCCGUCCGUCCCCUGCCGUGGCCCAAUUGACGUCGACGGUCGACGCGUUAGAAGACGAUUUGACGGGGAUGCUGGACAGUGUGGCGGCAUUGAGCAACAACUUUGCGCAAUGGCGGAAACAAACGCAGCUACACAAGAGACAGCAAUCCAGGUUAAUACGACACAACAU